AUGUUCGGGUUCUCGGUACUAGUUGGCCCAAUAAACCACCUCAAGCAUCUCAUCUCCCGAGAACGCCUGCCUUUCUCCGCAGUUUACUUUGGCAGCAUGGGCUUAACGCUCUACUUCUCUCUGGGGGUGAUUGCCCUGGUAGCCUACGUCCUCGCUUAUUUCCCUGGAGGUACCCAGACGCUGCGACUCGGAGGAUCGUUAGCUCUCCGUGGUGCCUCGAGCCUCCUCCCUCGGUAA